AUGUCCCAAGAAACCUUCGUCUACGUCUCAUACCCUCGAACGCCAGAUAUCAAGUUUGACAGCGAGUACUACUUGAGAAAGCACAUGGCUCUGGUGGACGAGCAUUGGAAACAAUUCGGCUUGAAAUCAUGGACCGUGGUGGAGUUCCCCGAAGGAGAUGCAAGUGGAAUGCACACGCAAGCCAUUCUGCGAUUCGACAAUGCCGAUGGGUUUGAGAAGGCCAUCGCGGCGAACAUCCCGGAAGUCAUGAAGGACAUUGAGAAUUACUCCAACGUCUCCCCGGUGCGAUGGUUUGGUAAAGUGACGAAGGAAGGAUGA